CGUCUAUAUGCGUCAAUGGACGUUUUUCCAAACCAGUAUGGGCAAACACAAAGCGACAAUUAUAGCUCUUAAUCGCCCUUUAAACCUCCUCAACAACCAACCAUCUUAACGACACUCCCAAAGCCCUUCUUCUUCUUCUUCUUCUUCUUCUUUCGCUCUCUUUUGUCCUCUAAAAAAAAAUAAAGGUUGGUUCAGAUACCCCUCCUCCUCUCCUAUCCAAAGAUGGGGAAGAAGCGAGUAAUGGUGCCAGUGCAAGAAGUUGAUAUGUCAGCCGUCAAAUACCAGCAGGAAGACUUUCAAGCUCCACAUUUGACAGGGUUCGUGUUCAAGUUAUUCGUUUGGAUUAUCGAAACGCCGUUGAUUGGUCCUUUGAUUGUAUCUUUCGUAAAGAAGCAGAAUAAGUUUGAUGAGUUGCUGCAGAACACUGACAUACCAGAGGCACCCAUGUUUAGACCCGAAUUUCCCCCCCAAGAACCCGAGCCUGGUGUUGUCAUGCUUGAUGAAGAAGGAAAACCUGAAGAGAGAGUUGAGUUAGCUUUGAAAUCCCUUCCACAAUAUGAUCCUGCUAGCUGCUGGAAUGGGGAUUCAUCCUCAUCUUUCCGAUACUGGAAAAUACGUGAUUAUGCAUAUGCUUAUCGUUCUGGGCGUGCAACACCAACCACAGUUGCAGGGCACAUAAUCUCAGUUAUAAAGGAGUUCAGCAGUAAGAAACCCGCACAACCUUUGUUGAUUUCUUUUGAUGCCGAGGAAGUCAGGAAGCAAGCUGCUGCUUCGACUAGGAGGUUUGAAGAAGGGAGCCCAUUGUCUAUCUUGGAUGGGAUUUUUGUGGCAAUCAAGGAUGAUAUAGACUGCUAUCCCCAUCCUUCUAAGGGUGCAACAACUUGGAUGCAUGAGGUUCGCUCUGUUAGGAAGGAUGCAGUGUGUGUCUCAAGAUUGCGUAGCUGUGGUGUCAUUUUUGUAGGGAAGGCAAAUAUGCAUGAGCUGGGCAUGGGAACAACUGGAAACAAUCCAAAUUAUGGAACAACGAGAAAUCCUCAUGCACCAGAAAGGUAUACAGGCGGAUCUUCCUCAGGCCCGGCAGCUAUUGUAGCUUCUGGAAUAUGCUCUGCAGCGCUUGGAACAGAUGGUGGAGGUUCAGUGCGUAUACCUUCUUCCCUUUGUGGGGUUGUGGGCUUGAAGACAACAUAUGGACGCACUGAUAUGGGAGGGUCAUUAGGUCGUUCUGGGACUGUGGAAAUUAUUGGACCAAUUGCAUCAACAGUGGAGGAUGUAAUGCUAGUGUACUCGGCAAUCUUGGGCUCUUCUCUUGCAGAUAGAAUUAGUUUGAAGCCGGGCCCACCUUGUGUUCCAAAUAUAUCUUGUGACAAUUCAAAUACUUUAGGACCCAUGCGACUAGGGAAGUAUACAGACUGGUUUAAUGAUGUAUAUUCAACUGAUAUUUUUGAAAAAUGUGAUGAUGCUCUUAAUCUUUUGUCAAAGACCCAUGGUUGUGAAAUGGUAGAAAUUGUUGUACCUGAGUUGGAAGAAAUGCGCAAUGCUCAUCUUGUUUCGAUUGGAUCUGAGGCACAGUGUUCAUUGAAUCCAGAUUGUGAAGAUGGGAAAGGUUCAAGAUUGACAUAUGAUACUCGUACUAGUAUGGCACUUUUUCGAUCAUUUUCUGCAGCAAACUAUGUUGCUGCCCAGUGUCUUAGGAGAAGGAUUAUGUACUAUCACAUGGAGAUAUUCAAAAAGGUUGAUGUCAUAGUGACCCCAACAACCGGCAUGACAGCGCCCAAAAUACCAUCUAGUGCUCUUGAAGACGGGGAAACAGAUUUGCAUGUUACAGGCUACCUUAUGCGGUUUGUCCUUGCUGCAAAUCUUCUUGGACUUCCUGCUAUAACUGUGCCUGUGGGGUAUGACAAACAAGGGCUUCCAAUAGGAUUGCAACUGAUAGGCCGUCCAUGGGCCGAAGCAUCAAUUUUGCGUUUGGCUUCUGCUAUAGAGGAACUAUUUGCAGAAUCCAAGAAGAGGCCUGUUUCAUAUUUUGAUGUUCUGAAUGGCUGACUUUGUGAUUUUGCUGGCGGCCCGUUAUCAUGUUUGCAAGAGAUACAAAUUAUAUGAUACGGUAAUUGGUAAAUGACAAUUUAUGAAUUUGAAGUAUGGAGAGACCUUUUCCGUACACAGUUGUGUAGUGUAUAUUGAAAAUGAUCCCAUUUGAUAAUUGUUGAGUUGUAGAUGAGCUGUAAAUAAAUUAGGUGAUUAGUUGAAAUCCCUUUAAUUAAGGGAUUUGGUGAAUAUAUAUUUAGGAUUGAGUUAGUUUCCUAUUAUGAGUUAGUUUCCUUUUUUUUUUUUUCUUCUUGUAAUUUGUUAUAUAUUAUCAUGUACUAUCAAUAUGAAAAUUAAGGAAUUAUUUUUCCUCAUUUAUUUCUAUUUUUCUUCAUGGUAUCAGAGCCUAGGUUAAACCUAUCGGUGAACAGUGCUUACGUACAUACAGUAAUCUCUACGCGAACAGUAACCGACGUGAACAGUGCUUCGCGUGAACAGUAUCUACGUAAGCCUAGGUUUUUUUGCUUUCCUGGGUUCCUUCUCUUAUUUUUUUUUUUUUUGUUUUUUUCAGCCUUCAUCGUUGAGUUUCUUCUUUUACAUACUCUAGCCUUCAUUGCUAAAAAUUGGAGAAUUACAGAAUAUACGGACAUCCAACAGGUUUAAUGGGAAGAAUUUCCUCAAAUGGUCCCAAAUUGUUCGCAUAUACCUAAAGGGCAAAGGGAGACUUGGUCAUCUACUUGGAACAGGACCAGCAAAAGAGGAUCCAACCUUCGAAGCAUGGGACGAGGAAGACUCUAUGAUUAUGUCCUGGUUGUGGGACUCCAUGGAACCAACAAUCAGUGAUACUUGUAUGUUUUUUACCACUGCAAAGGAAAUUUGAGACUGCCUUCAUCGCACAUACUCGAAAGCUCGUAAUACCGCCCAAGUAUAUGAGAUCAAAGUCAAAGCUGGGGCCACUAAGCAAGGAGACAAAUAUGUUACAGAAUAUGCAAAUCUUUUGCAAAAUCUGUGGCAGGAACUAGAUUAUUACCAAGUGAUUGAGAUGAAGUGUCAUGAAGAUGCUGUCAGCUUGAAGAAUUUUAUUGAAAAAGAUCGGGUUUAUGAUUUUUUGGCUGGAUUGAAUCCUGAAUUUGAUCAGGUCAGGAUCCAAAUCAUUGGCAAGGACUGCACACCAUCUCUAGAAGAGACAAUUUCAUUAAUCCGAGCUGAAGAAAGUCGAAGAAGUAUUAUGUUAGAACCACAAACCAUGGACGGGUCAGCCCUAGCUGUGAAAACAGAUCAUCAAGACAAAGAAAAAGGUGAUCUGCCUAAAUUCCCGGGUAGAGAGAACAAGGAUACUCUCUGGUGCAACUACUGCAAGAAACCGAGGCACACCAAGGAGAUGUGUUGGAAACUACAUCGCAAGCCACCAAGCCGAGAGUGGGGAAAACGUUGGGGCAGCAAAGACGUCAGGCAUACAUGACAGAACAACCCAAAUCUGAAGAAAAUUCAGCAAUAGGAGGGCUCAAUAGUGAAGAACUUGAGAAGCUAAGAGGCUUGCUAGGAUCUCUUGACAAACCUUCUGGAACUUGUUCAUUGGCUCUCUCAGGAUCAAGACUCGAGGAGGAGGAUUGGACUUGCUAAGGAAAGAAGCGGCCUUUACUACCUUGAAUCAUCUCAUAAUAUUAGGACACCUUUAUCUUUAUCUUUUUUCAGUUCUUCAAAUAAAGAAACCAUUUGGUUGUAUCACCGACGUCUUGGUCAUCCAUCUUUUAGGAUUUUAAAAGUCAUGUUUCCUCAUUUGUUUCUAGGAUUAGAUAUUUCUGAGUUUCAUUGUGAUAUUUGCGAAUUAGCAAAACAUACUCGUGUAUCUUUUCCUAUUAGUAAUAAAAGAAGUACUUAUCCUUUCCA